AUGCCGGUGGCCUUGGGGCCCUACGGACAGUCCCAGCCGAGCUGCUUCGACCGCGUGAAGAUGGACUUUGUGAUGGGCUGUGCAGUGGGCAUGGCGGCUGGGGUGCUCUUGGGCACCUUUUCCUGUCUCAGGAUCGGGAUGUGGGGUCGGGAGCUGAUGGGCGGCAUCGGGAAAACCAUGAUGCAGAGUGGCGGCACAUUUGGCACAUUCAUGGGCAUCGGGAUGGGCAUCUGA